ACGCUGUCUCCACACGCAUGACCCAUACUGCAUCUGGCUGCGGACGGGACGCUGUGCUGACGUGGCUCCAGGGUUCAAGGCGGGGUUUGAGCAGGACAUUGACGGUGACCAAUCACAUUCAUUUGACAAAUGCACAGAUGUGAUGUCAGCAGCAGGAAGUGAUGUGAACUCAGCUGUGGAUUCAGCCUCUGGUGUAAAGCAGCUCCCUGACGCGCCGGGUCACUACACUCUUCUGGGCUCGUGUGUGUUGGUGGCGUUCGUGUUGGGCGCCGUCGUGUCAGGUUUGCUGGUGUCCUGUUACUGCGGUCAGAGAUCCCACCAAUCACAGGAGCCCGAGGCGUCGCUCUCGCUCAACAGCCUCGCCACAUUCAGCCGCCUCACAGACACCAAACCAGACAAGAACGACCUCCCGUCCUCUCAGACCUACAGCUCCGUUAAACCACAUGCUACUGAGGAGGAGCUCGUCUCGAACCUGCCCACUCCUGAUUCGACCCCGGAGCUGCCAAUCAAGAACUUAAAGGCUCUAAACAGCCAAUGGGAGAGAAGCCACACCCACAGCUUCACCCUGCAGGUGUUUCCCACCAAUCAGACGCUUCCCAGCAAUCACACGCCCUCAGAGAGCCACGAUGAUGAUGCGUUUACACACAUGCAGAAUCUUGAUCUUGCGAGUUCAUCCUUGCACAUGCCAACAUCGUAUUACAGCUGCCUAAAAGACAUGCCUGAAACCUCAGCGUUUCCGCUACAAACGCUUUCUGAGCGGCCAGACUGCAGCACAAGCUCCUCACAGCACCACAUGCUUAUAAAGAUGCUCACAAACGCCCGCCAGCACAGCUUCAACCAGAAAUCAGCGCAACCGGGAAACAUCUACGAGCUUCACAGGCCUUUAAUCGCAGGCGGCUCGUGUCUGACGCGACAGCACAGCUACAGCGAGCCUCCGCUGCUCCAGCGGGCAGCUAUCAUCAGACGCACAGAGUCGCUCAAACCACAGAUCCCACCCAAACCCACAAACAUACCCCACAAAACACUACACCUGCCCUCGCACGCCAAACACAGCUACUGAGACACCACCAGCACACCAAAGGUCAGAGGUCAAAGACACGGCAGGUUUGGAAUUGAAUACUAGCAUACUGAUCACUGCACAGUGUAUACUGUAUAUAGCACUUUAUACUAUUAUGUUGCAUGUUUAAUUCAGCAGUUGAGGUCCAGUUGACUUUCAAAUAAAAAGGUUAUUUUGCAUUUCUAAUGCGAUUUUGUUUCCCUUGACAAAAAUCUAA